AUGAAGAUCUCUACCAUUAGUGCUCUCCUAGUUGCUGCUGCCGCUGGGGUGGCAGCUGAAAAUCCUGACGAGUACGACUAUGUUGUCAUCGGAUCCGGACCAGGCGGUGGCUCCCUUGCUGCAAAUCUUGCUCGGAGCGGGCACUCUGUGUUCUUGAUUGAAGCAGGCGAAGAUGCUGGCGACAACCGAAUCGAGCAGAUUCCAGCUUGGUUUAAUAUAGCAGGCGAAACACCUGGAAUCGCGUGGCAUUUCUUUGUCAACCACUUCCAAAACGAAACUCAGGCCAAGAGGGACGACAAGUACACCUACCGGCUCAACAACGGUUCAUACUAUGUUGGCCUGGACCCCCCAGCAGAUGCAGAGCCACUCGGAAUUUAUUAUCCCCGUGGCGGCACAGUGGGAGGCUCGUCCGAGGUCAAUGCCAUGUAUUUUGUCGCGCCUCCUGACAACGACUGGAAAUACAUAGCCGAGCUCACUGGAGACGACUCCUGGACAGCAGAGAACAUGCGAAACUAUUUUGUCGAGGUUGAAAGAAAUGGCUAUCUUCCACCAGAUGUUCCAGGCCAUGGCUACGAGGGAUAUGUAUCGAGCCACCAGGUCAACGAUACAUACGUUACCACUCGACCUGGAAUUACCAAGCUUGUCGAAGAGGCUAUACAGGAACUUGAGGGCAUCGACGUCGAGAGUGAGCAGCAGCUCGUCGAGUUGCUGAGGCGAGACUUGAACCGCAUCGAUGCCAACAGGUACGAGAAAUCUAGUGCCCUCAACGUUGUUUUGCACAUCAACAACCGAAGACGCCGAAAUGGAGCCCGAGAGCAUGUCGUGGACACGCUCAAUGCUCGUGAUGACGGUGGCUUGCCCAAGUUCCCUCUUACUCUGAGUACCCGCAGCCUAGCCACUCGCAUUUUAUUUCACAACACCACCGACUCCCAGAAACCCCGGGCCCGUGGUGUUGAGUAUCUUGCUGGUGAGGCGCUUUAUUCGGGUGAUGACCGAUAUAAUGCCAGUCAAUCUGGAGAACUCAAGACAGUCACGGCUUCUCGCGAGGUCAUUGUGGCCGGAGGAGCAUUUAACACGCCACAAAUCCUCAAGCUGAGCGGCAUCGGUCCGCGAGAAGAGCUUGAAGACUUGGAGAUACGCGUUGUAGUGGAUCUACCGGCCGUUGGAGCUUACCUGCAAGACAACUACGAAGGAGGCGUCCGUGUCCGUGCCAGUACUGCCUGGGAGAACAAUCCGUUCGAGAACUGCAGAAUGGACCCGACACUUUCGCCAUCCGAGGACCCCUGUCUGCAGCUUUGGGAGACCCAGGGGCUAGGUCCAUACGGCGAGGGCGGUGCCCCUCUGUUCAUGUUGUUCAAAUCCAGCGUCAGCGAAAACGAAGACUGCGACAUUGGGCUCUUUGGCAGUCCCAAUGCCGACUUCCGUGGCUUUUUCCCCGGCUUCAGCCGAGUGACAGCGCCAGACAACGCAUUCUUCUGGUCGGUCGUCAAGAUGCAGCCGCUGAAUGAGGCCGGCACUGUGACUCUGCGCUCCACCAACCCUCGCGACACGCCGCUGAUCAAUUUUAACUGGUUCGAGCAGAACGAGGAGCGAGAGCUGCAGGCCAUGGUGGAGGGUACCGAAAUGGCCAUGCGUGUGUUUAAUGCGACCGGGGCGCCAUAUGCUCCUUUUGAGGUUCUUGAGCCAAACCCCGGGGUUGAUGUCAGGCAGUCCAUCAAGGACAAUGCCUUUAGUCACCAUGCCACGUCGACCUGUCGCAUGGGCCCCAAGGACCACCCAGACUAUUGCGUCGACUCCAACUUCAAGGUCAACGGCGUCGAAGGACUGCGCGUGGUGGACGCGUCCAUCUUUCCUCGCACUCCGGGUGCAUUCCCAGUUGCGCCUACGUUCAUGGUCAGCCGGAAGGCAUUUCACGCGAUCCUGGCGGAUGCCGCGGAACAUGAUCGCACCCUCAGAAAUGAUACCGGCACUGGCACUGGCACUGGCACUGGCCCUGGCACUGGCGGCAGUGUUGUCACGGGCGCUGCACCUGCCUCCCACCAGCCGAUUGGAAUGCACUGUGCGUCAAUGGUGGUGGCUAUUGCGGUCCUCUUCAGUACUUUCUGA